CACAGACACAGAGAGAGAGAGUAACGUGGAUCACUGGUCUGGAGUUUGCACACUUGGCAGCAAGGCAAGCAGGACAACAAACUAGAAGCUGUUCUCUGGCUCCUCAUACAAGAAUCAACAUUGCAUGUUUGGAAAGAAUUUGCCCACAGUCUUUGACAAAAAAAAAAAAAGAAGCACAGAGGGAAUGUCAGGAAUUGUGCAAUUGUACGUUUAAAGAAACCUUAACUUUAAAAACAAUAUGGAUUACACAGAUGACGAGACUUAUGACAUUGAGGAAAAUGACAACUUCAGCUACUACAACUACAGUGACUACGAAACCGUCUGUGAAAAAGAAGAUGUUCGCUCCUUCGCUAGAGUCUUCCUACCAAUUGUGUAUGGGUUAUCUCUAUUAGUGGGGCUAACAGGAAAUGCUCUGGUAGUGGCUGUGUAUGCGUAUUCCAAACGCUUGAGGACGCUGAUGGACACAUUUGUGGUGCACCUGGCCGUGGCCGACCUCCUACUCCUACUGACCCUACCUUUCUGGGCUGCUGCUGCCGUUCAUGGCUGGGAGCUAGGAGAGGUUCUCUGCAAGAUUGUCACAGCCUUAUACACCAUCAACUUCACAUGCAGCAUGUUACUCCUGGCCUGCAUCAGCCUGGACCGCUACCUUUCACUAUUCCCACGACUCAGAGACCGUUUCCUGGUCCGGAUAUUUAAGAGAAACUACGCCGCCAAGCUCUGCCUGGUAGUGUGGACAGUUAGUUUCUUUCUAGGAAUCCCUGAUUUGGUGCUCUCGAAAGUUAAAGAGCAUCCUAGUAGGAAGGUCUGCAUGACCAUGUACCCUUCAAGCAUGGCCAUUCAGGCAAAGGUGACCAUGGAGGUGAUAGAGGUGCUGCUGAGUUUCUUGGUGCCGUUGCUGAUGAUGCUGUAUUGCUAUUUCCACGUGGUACGGAAGCUGUUGGAGCUUCCACCAGAGAACAGAGGGAAAAGGUGGACAACAAUUCGUGUACUGUUGGCAGUGGUUGGAGUUUUUGUGCUUACACAGUUUCCCUACAAUAUUGUGAAGUUCUGCCGAGUUCUGGAUGUGAUUCACAUGUUCAUAAGGCACUGUCAGACAAGUAAAGCACUGGACCAGGCAGCUCAGAUUACUGAGAGUAUGGCUUUGAUCCACUGUUGUCUGAACCCUGUGCUUUAUGUCUUUAUUGGCUCAUCCUUUAGAAUACGUCUGCUAAGGUUUGCCAAAGCCUUUGGCCAGAGGAGGAGAUUGGCACAGAGGGGAGAGGAGUGUGGUGUGGAGAUCUCCGUUAAUUCACACUCGCAAUCCCAAAAGACAAGCUCCUUCUCCAUAUGAGUAUAUUUAAGAGUGAUAUAGAGGAUGAGAUAUGAAAUGUAUGUUUGUGUAUCUAUCUGUAUUCUAUAUUUAACAGCAUAACCAUGUUCUGAUAUAUAUUCGCAUAUUAUCAUUCAGUGAAGAAAGACCAGAAAAACAGGCUGGUUGAACUGGAAUGCUACUGAAGUUGUUUUCUCUUUAACGGUAAUGCCCUUUGUACUCAAGCAAAAGCUAAAAGUAAAAGAAACCCAAGCCCCAACAGACAGAGAUGUACUUUGACAAUAUGUGCUAAAUCAAUUUAAUACUAGUAAACUGCUCUGAAGUAAACUGGUGAAAUGAACUGAACAAAGAAAGAACUGAACAACAACUGAACAAGAUCUUAAAUCAUCACACUGCUCACCAUCCAGCCAGGAUUGAGAGGGGGUCAAAAUACUGCACCCACAAAACACAUUACACGCAUAUGCUACACAUUGUGAAGAUUUUCAACUCUUUUUCUUCUACAAUAUUUAUAUCGUCUUCUGACUAAACGUAGCUAUAUAUCAUUGCAGUUCACACUAUGAACUAUAAUAGAGUAAGAGUUGUGGUGGGUAAAAACAAACAACAUGACUGCCUCCUACUAACACCCUCACUCAGUCUAUCAGGUAGGUAUUUGACUUGACUAUUUGAAUUAUUAAAUAUUCCUUACAUGAUUAGAGAUACAACUUCUAAAUAAAGUGUGUACAUACACAGGUUUGGGUCAUGUUUUGUGGAUGAUGGAUGGCUCCAUUUCAUUGGUUUACUAUGCUUAUACACGCACAGAGCACUAUGACGAACACUGUACUAAUACUGAGUAGGGUCUCCCUUUGCUCUCAAAACAGCCUCAAUUCUUCAUGGCAUGGAUUCCUCAAGGUGUUGGAAAUAUUCCUUUGAGAUUCUGGUCCAUGUUGAGAUGAUUGCAUCACGCAAUUCCUGCAGAUUUUUCAGCUGCACUUUCAUGCUGCAAAUCUCCUGUUCUCCCACAUCCCAAAGACGAUCUACUGGAUUCAUAUCUGGUGACUGGGAUGGUACUUUUGCUUUGUGACAUGGUGCAUUAUCAUGCUAGAAGUAGCCAUUAGAAGAUGGUAAAUUGUGGCCAUGAAGGGAUGCACAUAAUCAGCAACAAUACUCAAAAAGGCUGUGGUAUUAACAGGCCCAAAGUGUGCCAAGAAAACAUUCCCCACACCAUUACACCACCUCCACCAGCCUGGACUGUUGACACAAGGCUGGUUGGGUCCAUGGAUUCAUGCUGUUAGCACAAAAUUCUGAUCCUACCAUCUGUGUGCAUCAGCAGAAAUCGAGAUUCAUCGGAGCAGGCUACGUUUUUCCAGUCUUCAACUGUCCAGUUUUGGUGAGCCUGUGCCCACUGCAGCCUCAGCUUUCUGUUCUUGGCUGACAGAAGUGGAACCUGAUGCAGAACCUGCUAUUGUAGCCCAUCCGCCUCAAGGUUUGACCUGUUUUGCACUGUGAGAUGCUAUUCUGCUCACCACAAUUGUACAGAGUGGUUAUCUGAGUUCCUGUAGCCUUUCUGUCAGCUCAGACCAGUCUGAACAGUCAAAAUCACUGAUCACAUUUUUUCCCCAUUCUCAUGGUUGAUGUGAACAUUACCCGAAGCCGCUGGCUCGUAUCUGUAUAAUUUUAUGCAUUGCGCUGCUGCCACAUAAUUGGCUGAUUAGAUAAUUACAUGAAUGAGUAGGUGUACAGGUGUUCCUAAUAAAGUGCUCAGUGAGUGUAUAAAUGAACUAAUAACUAUAAAAUAUUCAAGCAAAUGUUGAAUAGUUUAUAUUUGUGUAUAUGUUGUAUAUGCAUCCUAAAUAAGAUGGGGGGAAAAUAGUAUUAAAAAGCUUUUUAAAAAAUUAAUUAUCAAAAUUCAUAUAUGGGUUUUUGCUUAUUGGGUUAAUACAAGAUUUUUACUUACUGAAGAGAGAUCUGUGGGUUCAUGCACAAUGCACAGUUAACCAGUGAUAUAUCUGGAUUUGGGGCAGAGUAUUGUGAAACUGGUGUUUUUCUUUACUAGACAUCUAAAUUUCAUUGUUAUGUUUUGGACAAGCAGGGACAUAUUAGUGACUGGAUCUGCACAAUCUUUCUUGGCAACGCCUAGACUGGUUUGGAGCCUUUGUUAGAUGAAAAGGAAAUAAAUCUCUCCUUAAAGAUAAACCUUA